GGUCUCUAUUCGAGGUGACUCCUUCCUGUUUGGGGUGUGGCCUCACAACACUCGGAUGUGGCUUCUGUUCACGUCUCGUGCUGACUAAUGUCAAGUUGACACUAACGCAAAAGGAGCCUGUCUGGUUUACGGGCGUCUAGUUUGGUGGUCAAGUCUACUUCCGGUGUUGUAUUUAAUUUGAAAAGGUAGCGCGGAAGUUGGCGCAUUUAUCAGGCGACUUGACGCGGGCCGAGGAGGGAGCGGCUCUGGUCGAGCUACGCUAGCACAGAAGAGGAGAGAGAGAGCAGUGGAUGACGACAGCAGGUGAAGAUGCGUGAAUACAAGCUGGUGGUCCUCGGGUCUGGUGGUGUCGGAAAGUCUGCUCUGACGGUGCAGUUUGUCCAGGGCAUUUUUGUGGAGAAGUACGACCCCACGAUAGAAGAUUCCUACCGGAAGCAAGUGGAGGUGGAUGGUCAGCAGUGCAUGUUGGAGAUCCUGGACACGGCAGGAACAGAGCAGUUCACGGCCAUGCGAGACCUCUACAUGAAGAACGGCCAAGGCUUCGCUCUGGUCUACUCCAUCACGGCUCAGUCCACCUUCAACGACCUCCAAGACCUCAGAGAGCAGAUCCUAAGGGUCAAGGACACGGAUGAUGUGCCGAUGAUCCUGGUGGGCAACAAGUGUGACCUUGAGGUGGAGCGUGUGGUGGCCAAACAGUCGGGGGUCGGUCUCGCUCGCCAGUGGAACUCCUGCGUCUUCUUGGAGACGUCAGCCAAGAGCAAGAUCAACGUCAACGAGAUCUUCUACGACCUGGUGAGACAGAUCAACAGGAAGAGUCCACUUCCCGGAAGAACUCGCAAAAAGUCCACUUGUCAGCUCCUCUAGUUCCAGCCCUGCGCUCGCCUGACCCAACAACCAAUCAGAGGACAUCUUCCAACCCGCCCCGCACCCCUCCCCGACAAACACAUGCCGUCAACAUGGACUGCCUCUGACCUCUGACCCCUUCCUGUUGCCUUGGAAACUUCAAAAGACUGAUGAUGAUGAUGGCGGCGUCUUCUCGAUGUUUCUUUUGUCUUUUUCUAUGGCCGACAGUGCGUGAUGAUGGUGAUGAUUGUUGUGUCUUUUCAUUUGAUUUAGUAGCAAAUUCUGGUGUCAGCUCACCGCUGGAAGCUAACGUCACUUAGCCGUGCGGUGUGUUAGCAGUAUUAUGGACAAGUACUAACUAGUUUGGCUGACGGUGUGUAUUGAGCAAAGCUAGCAGUGGCAACAUUUCAGAGGUGGAAAAAUAAAAUAUUUUUAGUGUAUCUGUGCUAGCUUAGUUGCUAUUAGCCGGUACAGAAAAAAGCACUUUAAAGUCACGAGUGUUAAAAAAAAGUUUCCAAAGGGUUUAGGGUGGCAUUACUGCAUGCGACCGAAGGGGGCGCUGUAGUGUGGGCUAACCUGUUAGCGUAACACGGCGGUGCGUGAGCUGACCCCAGAUCUGCUAGCUUGACUCGUUGGCGUCAUUAGCAUGGCAGAAGAUUGUCCAAGCCACAAAAAGCCUUUCAGUGUCCGUCUGAAGUAGCAUGAUCACGUGUCACCUCAAGGAGGCGCUGUAGCAGUUUGCAUGUCUGUUUUCAGUUGGGGCUAGCUAGCUAGCUAGCUAGCGAGCGCGGUUAGCGUGCUCAGCUAGCUCCCCAGACCGGUUGUAGUGAACCCGCGCAGCCACAAGGGGGCGGCAAGUCCACACCGACGGGUCUUACAAAUCGGCCCACUCUGUCAGCAGACGUCAUUUCAAGUCGGAGCUCGCCCGGAGCUCGAGCGCCGUUUACGUUGUUUUACUGCA